ACGCGAAAUGGCGAGUGUGCUAGGAGGCCCGUUAGCAGCCGAAAUCAGGAUUUUUACUACACUUUUUCCACUUAAAAAGUGUAUUAACAAUCCAUGGAGACCGUUAUUGCAUUUUAUCAACGCUGGGGCAGGGUCGGGUGAAAGAUGGCGGCGGGGGCAGAGCUGGAGGUGAAUGGAGGCAGCGAGUACCCGGGGCUCUACAAAGUCAUGAUGGACAAACUAAAUGAACAGCGACAACUGGAUCAGUUUACAGAUAUCACUCUCAUAGUGGAUGGACACCACUUCAGAGCUCAUAAAGCUGUGUUGGCAGCGUGCAGUCAGUUUUUCCACAAGUUCUUUCAGGAUUUCACCCAGGAGCCUCUGGUGGAGAUUGAAGGAGUUAGCAACACAGCUUUUCGCCAGCUGAUGGAGUUCACGUACACAGCCACACUAGCGAUAUCUGGGGAGGAAGAGGCGCUCGAUGUGUGGAAAGCUGCCGAAUACCUUCAAAUGCAGGAAGCCAUCAAAGCACUCAAGAAAAUAAAUUCCUCAAUGACAACAAAGAGCAUUGCUAAGAAGAGGACGAUUGCAGAGACGUCUAAUGUGAUCACAGAAACCUUACCGACGGUGGAGGGAGAGCAGGUGGAGAUUGAAGUGGUGGAGACCGGCCUGGAGGAGGUGCUGGAUGGAAAGACUGUUCAAGCUGCAUCAGAUGACUCUGCUUUGGCUCUUCUAGCUGACAUAACUAGCAAAUACCAGCAGGGGGAGCCAACAAUUCAUGUGAUCAAGAAGGAUGAAGAGGAGGUCCUGUAUCAGGAGGAAACCGUGACAGCCUCCAAAGUACUAGAGAACGUUGAAGUCGUAGAAGUCCAGAUCUCCCAAGGAGACAUCUUCCGCUGCAGCAAGUGCGACCGUAGUUUUAAGCUGUACUACCAUCUCAAGCAGCACCUGAAGACUCACCUGGGCUCUAUGGAGAAGCCUCAUGUGUGUAACCACUGUGGGAAAGCUUACACACGGGAGGGAGCCCUGAAGCAGCACAUCAGCACGUUUCAUUUUGACGCCGAGGAACUGUCUCGAGGGCAGAAAAUUCAAAAGAAAGUGCACAUCUGUGAAUACUGUAAGAAGCACUUUGACCACUUUGGCCACUUUAAGGAGCAUUUACGGAAGCACACUGGUGAAAAGCCUUAUGAGUGUCCAGAUUGUCAUGAGCGAUUUGCAAGGAACAGCACAUUGAAGUGCCAUAUGGCUGCCUGUCAGAACGGAGCCGGAGCCAAGAAAGGACGAAAGAAGCUCUACGAAUGCCAGGUCUGCAGUAGCGUCUUUAUAAGUUGGGACCAGUUCAAGGAGCAUCUUAUGUGCCACACAGGGGACAAGCCGAACCAUUGCACCUUGUGUGACCUAUGGUUCACCGACGCCAAAGAACUUAAAACGCAUCUCAAGGAUGUACAUUCUAUCGAGGAUAAGUCUAUGGAGCAGGUGGUCCUCACCGACUCAGCCGCGACUGCCGCUCUCACCAUAGCGACACAAAGCAUAGGAGGCACUGAAACCGUCCUGCUGGACGAUGGCAUUCACGUCGAACAUGUUACGGUGGAGCCUAUGGACGUAAUGCAAAUGGAGGAGACUACAACAGUUGUAGUGGAAGAUGGAGGAGUGGGGGGGAUAUGUGAGGAGGACCUGGAGAGACUAAAGCAGGCUGGCUUGCAGAUCCAAGUGGUCCAUGUGAACACAGCUGCAGUUGAUGAGCACCAGGUGGUCAACACUGAGGUGGAAGUAGAGAUUGAGGAUGAAAUUGUGAACCUAGAGGAAGCUGAACAAGCAGUAGCUGUAUGAGAAUAAAACAAGGAUUGUCUUAAUGUACCUUAAAAAAAAGGUAUUUCCAUAUCAAGUAGAAGAAAGUUUUCUACUGCAGACACCUUAUUUUUUUAACAGAAUCCUGCAUGUGGGAUAUACCACAUAUCUGUAUAAUCACCUGUCACAUUGAACGUCCUUGUCUGAACUUCUCUAAAUCUUUUGAGAGAUUUGCAAUAUCAAGAUUUCUUACAAAUAUUGUAUUUAUUUUAAAUGUGUUUUCCACCUCAUAACUUGAGUCUUCAGGACUCCAGCAAUCCAUUUUUCUCUACUUAUUUUUUUCUCAAUAAAUUGCUGAUGUCAAAUCAGAUCA